UCAAAUUCUGCUCAAACAAGAGCUUUUCAACAUUUAAUUUGUGACAAGAUGAUUGUUGCUGUAGUGGUCCUUGAACAUUGGAGGCAGCUUUUCCGACGUGGAGUUCCUCUGAGUGUGGCUAUCGAAAGUAAUCUUAGUGUCUGGAAGAGGUGUGGAGAGGUAAUGGAUUUUCUUGUUUUGUUUGAAAUACAACAAACGUAAGAGACAGUUAUUAGUUGACACCUUUAUUUGGUGUAAUGUUCUUUUUCUCGAAAGGGAUUGUAGACUUUUCACUUGUUUAUUUUAUAAUUUUUUUUUCUAAAAUGUAUCUUUAUGAAUAUAAUGCUUCAAAAUUGAAUUUCUAUUUGUUUUGUUUCACUCAUAUGGAGAAGUAUGUUUUUAAACUUUCAGUGUAAUCAUGUUACAGUUAAGUAAUGAUCCGGGUGAGGUGGAUAGCAAUUUCUUUUGUUAUGCGGCAACGGUGCUUUCCCCAUAUAGGAAUGUUCUCAUUUUUACGCAGAGAAUGCAUAAACCUACAUGAAGGCCGUUUACGCAAUAAAAUGGAUUUACACUCCACUUUGAAAGGGUGUUUUUUUGUGUUAAAAGAUUUUGACCAAUCACAAGAGUUGAAAACGAUAGCCAAGAAAAGUUUACAAUUUUAUAUGUUCCCCACAUAGGAUUUCUUUGUUAUUCAAACUGAGACCAGAUUUUGUUAUAUGGAAGAUGGUUGGAAAGUAGGGAUGAAAAUAUGUACCGCUUUAUGAAGUUUUGUUAACUUUUGCUGUUUAAUGCCAAUCAGAAGUAAGUACAGACAAUAGAAAAGUUAGCACCUUUUCUGCAUUCCAACAUGUUUUUUGCCGUUGUUGCUAUCGUUCUUAUCUGAACCGUUUCUUAAUCGUUGAGGGCUGUCAUCAAGAGCCUGGGACUACGGAUUUCCUGCAGAUGCUUUAAUGGAAAAAUCCUCAGCUGUUUAUUCCUCACCUACUUGUUCUAUUUUUCUGGCUACUUGAAAUCUUAGUGACAUCCAUGUUUAAUGUUUGUCCUUUUCAUUCAUAGGGUGAGCUCAGCGAUAAUGACCUGAGAUAUCUCAGUGCCUUAUUGUAUAAUGGGUUUUAUAUGUAUGAACUUCUAUCCGAACGGUCCCAAGACAGUGUGAUAUGCGGUAUAUGUGGAGUGAUUGGUCAAGUCCAUUUCGGAGAUGGUAUUGAAAAAAAUUGUUGCAGUGUUGAAAUGGUAAGUGCACUAAAUGACAACCAUUAUGUGAGAUGUUGUUGUUGUAAGGGAAGCAGUUGUUGGAUUUAAAUGCCACCUCUCUUUGCUUUGCCAGAAGGUGAGCUGUCAUAAACAGUAUACACUGUAGGUUGUAAGUCUACAGUUAAACAUCCUCCUAAAUUGUUUUUCCCACGCUUUUUGACUAAGAAAUUGAAACUCAUAUACUUGCUGUGGUGCAUACUGAAAUAGUUUAUCGCUAAAUUAAAGGAAGGUGCAGUGUAUUGUGAUGAAAAUAGAAAACAUUCCCUGGAAAAAAUUGCUACAGUCACAUGUUAAAAACCGUAGGCUUGUUAUUUGUUUAGCAAGUUUUAAAUUUUCCAGGUUGAUUAUACAAAGGCAAAUAAUUCAGAGGGAGGAGGUCAACCACCGUCACUGGAGAAGUGUCUGCAUCAAAUGAAGGGUGUGUUUGUGGAGAGAUUGAUCUAUGCAAAUUUGAAGCAAGACAUUUCAGUUAUUGCUGAAAUUGUACUAAAAUUAUUGCAACUUCAUUUCGAGCUGAUAGGGUGUUUAACACUGAGAUGGAGAAAAAGAGUGUAUACUUGGAAGGGGAAAUUCUGUGAGAAGGAUCAUAUUAAU